UACCUGGCGUUGCAGUUAAAGAGGGGAAAGUCGUACGGUCCGCUUGAUGGACGAAAACAGCGAAGAGGAACGCGGAGAUGAGAUAAGAUAAGAUGGGCCGGUCGGAGAAGGCAAGUGAAAGGCCAGCGCAGAAGCCUUUUGUCCUCUCCACUACACACCAAGGAUACCUUGGACUAGACUGCGGAGUUCUGUCGCAUGCUAUCGAUAUUCCAAACUUCCCAUAUCGUUCCGCUCUUAUUAUAUAUAUACCACCUGUCUAAUGUGAAGCAGGUAAGUGGGUCCUCCUUGUGAGCUGUGUUGGUCAUUCACUGACUCUCCCUACCGU